UUCUCUCAUACCAACAAGUUGUGAAAUGUGACUAUUUUAUAGGUUGGUGUUGGUCGCGCAAUAUACAAGACACGUAGGACACAAGAAACAAUGAAAUCAAUAAGUUUAUAUGGAAUAUAACGAUUUUCCAGAUCCAGUUACAGCAUCCAACGCGUCUUGAGCAUAGAGAAUAAUAAUUGACAAAUCUUCGUUUUUUACUGUACCAGACGUUCUUCCACAAGGAUUUUAAAAUGUCAAAGGAACCGGAUAAAACUUCUACUGUCACAGAAAGCUCAGCUCUCGUUGGGGAUGAAGAUUCCGAUUCGGAGUCGUCUCCAUCAAUAUCUGACGACCAGGAAUCCCAGUUUCAGCUGGGCACCAGUAAAAAGCCGAACAGCGAUGAAGAUGAGCGCUUCCCCCCGUGUAUUCGAGAUGCUGUGUCCCAGGUACUCAAAGGUUACGACUGGUCCCUGGUUCCGAUGCCUUUGCAGGGUAGCAGGUCUUUGAAAGAUAAGCCUCACGUGAAGAGACCCAUGAACGCGUUCAUGGUGUGGGCACAGGCAGCGCGCAGAAAGCUGGCAGACCAGUAUCCCCAUCUGCAUAACGCAGAACUCAGCAAGACAUUAGGCAAGUUAUGGAGGCUGCUUUCUGAGAAUGAGAAGAGACCAUUUAUAGAAGAGGCAGAAAGACUGCGGCUCCAGCACAAGAAAGACUAUCCAGAUUACAAGUACCAGCCCCGAAGGCGAAAGAGCCUGAAACCGGGUCAAAGUGAAUCAGACAUGGGAGCUGAGAAGAAUCACCAUCCCUUGGACCAAAUAUACAAGACAGAACCGGGUACGAGAGGCAUGCAUCAUCAACUGGUCCAUGGGGUGCAAUCACACGGUCCUCCCACGCCUCCUACAACACCUAAGGCUGAUCAGCAUCAAGUCGCGAAACUGGAGUCCAGACGUGCGUCGGAGAGUGCGAGGCAGAACAUCGACUUCAGCAACGUGGACAUAUCAGAGCUCAGCAGUGAUGUCAUUGGCAACAUGGGCCCCUUUGACGUUCGCGAGUUCGAUCAGUACCUGCCAUUAAAUGGCCACGCUGCAGUUAACAUUGAGAACAACAGCGGGCAGCACUCCAGUCCUGGCUGCUUCGGUACGUCUUAUCAUCAUCAUCAUCCCCACAGUAGUGUUUCCACGUGGAACAAAAGUUCUGGAUCGCCAUCCACAUCCUCGCAUAAUGGUACAAAUGAGUCAACCCAACAAAGGCCACUCAUUAAAACAGAACAAUUAAGCCCCUCUCAUUACGGAGAAUCUCACGGGUCACCACUUCCAUCUGAACUGGGCUCAUCUUCAGUCUCCAACUCCCUGAGCGACUGUCCUGACCUACACAACUCCAGCUACUACACCACAUUUUCGGGGUACCCUUCCGGCAUCUACCAAUAUCCAUACUUCCAUACCUCCAGAAGGUCUUAUGUAAGCCCUGUUCUGAACAGUUUGUCCAGUCCAUCUCAUAGCCCUGGUUCAAGCUGGGAGCAGCCAGUUUACACAACUUUGACACGACCAUGAAGUUUUUUUCCUCAUUGUGUGUUCGUGAAGAUUUUUGGGACUACACAUGGCAUUUGAAUGUAUAUACGAGACCCGAAAAUGCCGUUGUUGGCAGCUUACAUUUUGGAGAGACGGUGUGUGACCACCUGAUUUGGGACAGUGUUUUUUUCCUCAGAUGUUUAUGGAUAAAUGUUUCAGUAUGCUACAGUUUCAUAGACUUUUCACGUUAUCGUCUAGAGCUUUAGGAUUUUCACUGAACUUUUUUGGUAUACUUCUCAGUAUUCUUAACAUUUACAUAAACAAGUACAAGACGAAAUUGCAGUUUGAAAGCCAUUGUAAAAUAAAUCACUGUAACCUCGGAGUUUAAAGCAACAGAAAAACUUUUCGAAAUUCUGAAUUAUAUUACGUGUUGGAAGACUUUAACUGUAAUCAAACUAUUAUUAUCAAUAAAUGUAACUGUUUUAGGGCACUUGAGUCUAUCCUAUUGCAGUUUUUAAAAGCCACUCGAGCCACAGUGAUUGUGUUACAGCGAUUAAAGCUCGAAAAAAGGGUCACGGAGCGAUGCGGGCCAUGGUUUAGCUAUUGUUUUUUGGUCUGAAAAAGAAGUGGGACGCUGUGGAAGCCACGCUUAGUCUAAAUUCAGCACAUUAUUUAAACACAAUGACAGAUUUCUUGUUGCUUCUUGCUAAUUGAACUAUUAAAAAACUAAUAAAAAGGUAAAUUUAC